AUGUUCAAGUUGGUAGUAUUGCUUUCCGUGGCAGCGAUGGCGGCGGCCAAGCCCGGCGUGGUGGCACCGGUGGUAUACAGCUCCGUGGUACCUGCCUCCAGCUCAAUAUCGGAAUACAGCACCAGCGUUCUUCACGGCUCACCUGCCCUAUACAGAGCCCCAGCUAUUGUCAGCGCCCCCGUCGUUGUCAGUGCCCCUGCUGUGGUACCUGCCGUAGCUGCUCUGCCGCCUUCUCCUUACCUGGCCCUGAGAGGUGUCCACCACCUCGGCAAGCGCUCCAUUGGAGUUCUACCAUUGACGUACAACCCCUUGAUAUCCAACGUAGGACCAGUGGCUCUUACCGCUCCUUUAGGUUACUCUUCUGUAUACCCCAGGGCCUUAAGCUGGCACCCGUACUAA